AUUCAGAUCAGCCGUGACCCGCUAUUUCGAAUUCGAAAAGGCCACCAGGUGUUUCCUUUUAACUCCGCCGCCGUCGCCGCCGCUGCCGCAUCUUCGCCAGUUUUCCCCAAGCCACGACCAUGCCCUCCCCCUCCCGCUCGCCAACGACGCCUCCGGUCGCCUCGGAGUGGAGCUGCGUGCGGUGCACGUUGCUCAACCCUGACCACUCCGAUUCCUGCGUGGCGUGCGAGGCCUCGCGCCCAGUGGAGGUUGACAUCGACAGCCCCGUCGUCGUGGGCGCCGCCCUCGCGUUAGCCUCGCCCAAGCGGAGCCGGAGGAAGAAUGAACGCAGUGCCUCUCCUCCACCCCAGCGGUUUGGGAGGAAGAGGGAGCACGAUGCAUCGCCGGAGGUGGUCGAACUCUGCGAUAUUGCGGGAAAGGGGCCCGCCACCAAGAAAGGAAAUCUUGAGAUUUGUUUGGAUAAGAAGACCUUCAAAAUCAUGACAUACAAUGUCUGGUUCCGGGAGGAUUUGGAAUUGAGAAGUAGGAUGGAUGCUCUCGGGGAUCUUAUAAAGCAGCACUGCCCAGACUUCAUAUGCUUCCAGGAGGUUACACCAUACAUAUAUAUGCUUAUGCAAAAAUCUGACUGGUGGCAACAAUACACAUGCUUGUUGUCACAUGAGAAUGCUAUUCAGAUGCCGUAUUACUGCAUGCAGUGAAUUUCAAUGGCAACAAAUAGCGAGGCAUUGUCUGUCGGUCAAAGUAAUCACUCCUAUGACCCACUCAAAGAUCAGUCACGAAGGCCAAAGUCAAAUGAUCCAGGAUGGAAAUAUGCAUACUAUGUUGAGGCGGGAAAGCGAGAGCUGAUUCAAUGUGCUUUGUGCCCCAAACAAAUAAAAGGAGGUAUUAAGAGGGUGAAACAACAUCUAGCUGGUGGCUAUGGAGACAUUGUCAAGUGUCCUAACACUACUAGAGAGAUUUCUAAAGAGAUGAACGAAGCUUUGAAUAACGGGAAGCGGGCUAGGCCGUUGUACCUAGAUGACGAUGUAUUGGAAGAUGAAGCAGGACAAGAUGAUGAUGUCCAAGUUAUGGGAAGCAGGUCAAUGUCAGCAUCAUCCAAGGCUUCCUCAUGUACCGUGCCAAGUCCUGGAACAACUGCCAAAAGAAACAAAGCAAUUUUCCAAUUGAAGCCCCACCCAAUUGCAGCUCCAAAGAAGUUGUUGAACUUGAUCUGUUUCUUUUUAUACUAUUUGUUGAGCAAAAUGCCGACGAAGCCAUCUGACUGCAUCCCAUUUUCGAAUUCAACAAUGGGAAGAGAACUAUGCAUCGCAAGUGUUAGGACAGGAGAGAUCACAAAGUUGAUUUUGGCCACAACCCACCUCGAGAGCCCAUGCCCUGCACCUCCCAAGUGGGAUCAGAUGUAUAGCAAAGAACGUGUGGCUCAGGCAAAGCAAUCCCUGGAAAUUCUGGGAGGCUUCCCCAAUGCCAUACUCUGUGGGGACAUGAACUGGGACGACAAGGGAGACGGCCCUUUCCCUCUGCAGGAUGGGUGGACUGAUGCUUGGGUUGAGCUGAAACCUGGAGAGGAUGGCUGGACCUACGACACCAAGGCCAAUGGCAUGCUGUCAGGCAACCGCAAGCUGCAGAAGCGAUUGGACCGGUUUGUGUGCAAGCUAGCAGACUUCAAGAUGGACAGCAUUGAGAUGAUCGGGAAGGAGGCAAUACCUGGUGUCUCCUACUUCAAGGAGAAGAAGAUUCGGAAAGAGAACCAAAGGAUUGAACUGCCUGUCUUUCCAAGUGACCACUUUGGGCUUGUUUUGACCAUCACCCAGCAAAAGGAUGACAACGUCUGAACAACCGUUACACUGUCCACAUUUUAGUGAUUGCAGGACAUUUCAUGUUCUUUUGCGAUUUAGGAAUAUAGAGCGGUUCCACUGUCCACAUUUUAGUGAUUGCCUCUGGAUUUUGUAAAUUUGGUGGAGGCAUCAGUUUGCUAGGACGUGCAAAUGGUGGUAUUAUUACCAGAUGGCUACUUGUUGAUACCUGAUGCUUAGUUUCUUAUCAAACUUUGGGUUGGCUAAAAAACAUGCCCUCUCGAUGUCUUACUAUUAUGGCCACACGGAAAGCCAGUAAAAACACCUCUCAUUAAGUCA